CCCACGCGUAAAAUGCCACCUACUUCCAGUGCAAUGGAUUUUUUUCAGCUCUUUGUCCCUGACAGCGUAAUUAAAAAUAUGGUGACACAAACAAAUAUGUAUGCCAAGAAAUACCAGGAGAGGUUUGGAUCUGAUGAUGCUUGGGUGGAUGUUACUCUUGCAGAAAUGAAAUCUUUCUUGGGCUACAUGAUAUCAACCAGCACUCAUCACUGCGAGUCAGUGCUCAGUAUAUGGAGUGGUGGGUUUUAUAGUAACAAGAGUAUUGCUCUUAUCAUGACGCAAUCAAGAUUUGAGAAAAUCCUGAAGUUCUUUCACAUUGUGGCCUUUCGCUCCAGUCAAACAACCCAUGGGCUGUACAAAAUUCAGCCCUUCCUUAAUGCUUUGCAGAGUGGCUUUGACUCAUCUUUCAGGCCUUCACAAACACAGGUGCUUCAUGAACCUUUAAUUGAUGAAGAUCCGGUAUUUAUUGCUACUUGCACUGAACGAGAACUUCGCAAAAGGAAAAAGAGAAAAUUUAGCCUUUGGGUUCGUCAAUGUUCUUCCACUGGAUUCAUAUGUCAGAUUUAUGUGCAUCUGAGAGAAGGAAGUGGCAGUGAUGGCAUUGACACAUUAAAGCAUAAGCCACAACUGCACAGCAUGGUAGCCAAAAACCUGUGUCAGAGUGCUCCUGGAAAUAACUAUAUCAUAUUUACUGGGCCGAGCAUCACAAGUCUUAAUUUGUUUGAAGAAUUUGAAAAACAAGGUAUUUACUGUUGUGGAUUGCUGAGCUCCCGUAAAAGUGACUGUACUGGCUUACCUCAGUCAAUGAUGACUAACACAGAGGUACCAAAAUCUCGAGGACACUAUGAAAUAAGGAUGAAAGAAAAUAUGUCCCUUAUUUGCUGGUACAAUAAAGGGUAUUUCCGCUUUCUGAGUAAUGCUUACUCUCCAAAUCAGAAAGGAGUCAUUAUAAAAAGGAAAAGUGGAGAAGUCCCUUGUCCACUGGCAGUAGAAGCAUUUGCUGCGCAUCUUAGCUAUAUCUGUAAAUAUGAUGAUAAAUAUAGCAAGUAUUUUAUUUCACACAAACCAAACAAAACGUGGCAACAGGUGUUUUGGUUUGCCAUAAGCAUUGCUAUAAACAAUGCUUACAUCCUCUAUAAAAUGUCUGACGCCUACUAUGUAAAAAGGUACAGCCGGGCUCAGUUUGGUGAGAGACUUGUGAGAGAGUUACUUGGAUUGGAGGAAACGUCACCUCAAGAUUGAUCCCUGGCAUGCCCUAAUCUUCAGCUAAAGUCCUUCAAAAAGGAACAUGAAGCCACUACUCUGGAUUGGUAUUCAGGGAUUUCAUCCUCAAAUAUGCCAACCUGCUAAAUAUUGCGAUAAAACAAAGACUUAAAAUUUGGACAAAUUAUUAAGCAUUGUUCAGUGAGCUUUGUGUCUCCCUUUUCUAAUAAUAUCUGGAAAUACAUGCAUUUUCAAUUAUGAAAUUCAUAAAUGGAGAGGAAAUACAACAUGAAUCACAUGUCAUUGAAAUUAUAUUCUUUAACAUUAAAUCACAAGUCUGCAAAUUUGAAACAGA